AUGGGAUGCAAAACUGCCAAGCAGAUGUGGGACUUGCUAGAAGUUACCCAUGAAGCAGCAAAGGAACAUGAAGAGUCAGAAGCGGAUGAUGAGGAGACUGCUAUGUUGGAUGUCAAUGAUGUUAAAAUUGGUCUUGCUCAUCUAGAAAACGAUGAUGAAGAAAUGAAAGUGUUAGAGCAAGGAACAGCAGGUGAACAGGUAAUACAAGAAGAUGCUGAACAAAAUGACCAAGUUCAGGAACAGCCAACACAAUCGGACCAGCACACUGUUCCCAAUCCAGCUGUUUCCGCAGAAGACCAAAGUGAUCCAGCAGCUAAACAACCUGUCAAUCAAAAUGUUGAACAGGAACAUGCUACUGAUGUAGCAGUUGGAUCUGAAGAAGAAGAAGAUGUUGAAGAAGGGGUUGAAGAGGAGGUUGAAGAAGUUGAAAAAGAAAAGGAGGAUAAGGAGAAUAAGGAAGAAAAGGAACAAGACCCUGUCCCCUCUGAAAACAUUGAAACAUCUGAAAAAGGGGAACAUGACAGAGUUGAAAGUCAAGGGGAAAAAGAAGAGCAAAAGGAAGCCUUGGAUGAUAAUGUCCCUCACAAUCUCUGCACUUCCUCACAUCUCAUUCUCUCCAAGCUUAUUGAUCUACAAUGUCAAUUCAUUGCUUUUCAGGAUGAAACUCGUGUCUCUCUAGCUUCAAUUGUUGAUCAGCUAAACCAGAUGGAACAACGUCUUGAUUUGAAUUGCUUUUCAUGGCAUUUACUUUCAUUUGUUGCUACUUGA